AUGAAUUACAUUGCUAGGAACCGUUUAAGCCGAUUUGAUACUGAUUGGAUUACUGUUGGUAUUCUUUUCUGCUUCUACUGGUUCUUUGGUGAGACAGCAUCUCCAUUCAAAAGGCUAUUUGUCUUAAAUGACUUGUCCAUAUCUCAUCCAUUUGCUGAACAGGAGAGAGUCACAGAUAAUGUGCUAUACUUAAUUGCUUGCAUUGUACCUACGGUCAUAAUAUUCUAUAAUGUGGAACCCAAGCAUCAACGCCAGGGAGCUUUGUUGGGCUUAUGGCUAUCCCUCACCAUUACGGGGCUGUUAACUGAUGUUUUGAAGAUUUGGAUCGGUAACCCAAGACCAGAUUUCAUAGCUAGGUGUGCACCGUCGCCAGACACACCAAUUAAUUCAUUGGUUGAUUCCAGUGUCUGUACGGCUCCGUUAGGCGAAGUGUAUCUCAUUGAUGGGAUGAAGUCCACUCCAUCUGGUCACUCUUCAAUUGCAUUCAGUGGAUUGGGCUAUUUGUCGCUAUGGGGAUUUACUAAUUACAAUGCAAGCCAUACAUAUCAAAAAGUCUUUCUUUGCUUACCCUUGCUAACUGCCAGCUAUAUUGCCUUGAGCAGGACGCAAGAUUACAGGCACCAUUAUUUUGAUAUAGCUUUUGGCAUGGUCAUUGGAUUAUCAAUUACUGGCUUAGUAUAUCGUAGAUACCUCAAGAAAGAGGAAGAAAACAAGCUUCCUAUCUAA